ACGUCCUUUGCCAGUUCUUUUCUCAGGCACCUGCCGUUGUUUCCCCACUCUUGUCAAAUCCAUCGUCAGUUAUGUCUACUCUUCAAAAACUUGCUCAGUUCGGACAACGCCACAUCGCGAAGGGUAUCGGUCGAAGCACUGAACUCGUCAUCGAGAAGGGCAAGGGUGCCUAUGUUUUCACUACCGAGGGCAAGAAGUACCUUGACUUCACAUCAGGCAUUGGCGUCACCAACACUGGUCACUGUCACCCUCAUGUCGUAAAGGCCGUUCAAGAACAAGCCGCUACACUCACUCACGGACAGUGCAACAUCUUUUACCACAAGCCCAUGUUAGAACUCAUCGAGAAGCUUCAACCCAAGAUGCCCUCCAAGAGCCUUGAUACCUUCUUUUUCUGGAAUUCUGGAUCCGAAGCUGUUGAAGCGGCCGUCAAACUUGCCAGACACGCUACCAAGAAGCAGAAUAUCAUCGUGUUCCAAGGUUCAUAUCACGGUCGUACCAUCGGUACCAUGUCAAUGACUACCUCAAAGACCAUUUAUGGUGCUGGUUACGGUCCAUUGAUGUCUGGUGUUCACGUUGCUCCUUUCCCAUACUGUAACCAGUGUGCCGUGCACAAGAGUUCCCCAGAUACCUUCAACAUCAACAACUGCUGUAACGAUCCCAUCCGUCAGCUUGAACUGGUCUUCAAGCAACGCUCUGCGCCAUCUGAUACUGCUGCUGUUAUCAUUGAGCCUGUCCAAGGAGAAGGAGGCUACGUUGUACCACCUAAAGAUUUCCUUGCCAAGCUACGAGAAAUUUGUGACAAAAAUAAUGUCCUUUUGAUCGCUGAUGAAGUCCAGUCUGGAUUCGGUCGCACCGGCAAGAUGUUUGCCGUUGAGCACUGGAACGUCACCCCUGAUAUUUUGGUCAUGGCUAAGGGUAUUGCCUCCGGUUACCCACUAUCCGGUAUUGUAUCACGCAAGGAAUUGAUGGACAAGCAACCCGCUGGAUCCAUGGGCGGUACCUACGGAGGAAAUGUUGUUGCAUGCGCUGCUGCCAAUGCCACUUUGGAAGUCUUUGAUAACGAAAAGCUUCUUGAAAACACCAAUGCUAGAUCCGAAGAACUUUUCUCAGCAUUGCGCUCACGUAUUCCCAAGAUGCUUCCCAAGGGAGCCUCAGUCGACAUUCGAGGACUUGGUUUAAUGAUUGGUAUUGAGUUUUCUGGUGUUCCCGCCGGAUUUGCCUCCAAGAUUGCAAACGAGGCCCGCGAUAACCAUGAUAUGUUACUGUUGACCACCUCCAUCUACGAGACCCUCCGCUUGAUUCCUCCGUUGAACGUCACCAAGGAGGAGACAGCUGAUGCCAUUGAACGUAUAAUGAAGAGCGUUGAAGGAGCUGUCAACCAGCUUUAAGUCGUAUUUUUUUGUGCAAAAUUUCCCAUCUACAUAAUGUUAAUAAAAAAAAUAAACACACAAAAAUUCAAUCUGUUCCCCUUUCG